UCUGGCUCGGACUGUACCCGGCACGAUGGCGACUGAUUCCUGGGCCCUGGCGGUGGAUGAACAGGAGGCGGCGGCUGAGACGCUUGGCAAGUUAAACCUGAAAGAAGAAAAAGUGGAGAAGCUAAAGCCAGAGAGCAAUGGCACAGAUGAUGCGGAGAGUGCAGAGCAGACUGACGGCAAGAAUGAAGAGAAGAAAGACGAUGAUGAUAAAGAGGACAAAGCCGCCCAGUCGCUGCUCAACAAGCUUAUUCGGAAUAAUCUGGUCGGCAACACAAACCAAGUGGAGGUUCUGCAACGGGAUCCGAAUUCUCCCCUGUACUCUGUCAAGUCAUUUGAGGAGCUGAGACUGAAGCCAGAACUCCUCCAAGGUGUCUACGCCAUGGGAUUUAACAGGCCCUCCAAGAUCCAAGAGAAUGCUUUGCCCAUGAUGCUGGCUGAGCCGCCUCAGAACCUCAUUGCUCAGUCUCAGUCGGGAACAGGUAAAACUGCUGCCUUCGUUCUUGCCAUGCUGAGCCGAGUGGAUCCUGCAAACAGAUAUCCCCAGUGCUUGUGCCUCUCUCCAACCUACGAGCUGGCUCUACAGACCGGGAAGGUCAUUGAACAAAUGGGGCAGUUUUCGAACAUCAAAUUGGCCUACGCUGUACGAGGAAAGAAACUGGAACGUGGACAUAAGAUUCCGGAGCAUAUUGUUAUUGGUACACCAGGAACUGUGCUCGACUGGUGCUCCAAACUGAGGUUUAUUGAUCCCAAGAAGAUUAAGGUGUUUGUACUUGAUGAAGCCGACGUGAUGAUCGCUACUCAGGGACACCAGGAUCAGAGUAUCCGCAUCCAGAAGAUGCUGCCCCGGGACUGCCAGAUGCUGCUCUUCUCCGCCACGUUUGAAGAAUCCGUGUGGAGGUUUGCACAGAAAGUGGUGCCGGAACCCAACAUCAUCAAACUGAAAAGGGAGGAGGAGACCCUGGACACCAUCAAACAGUACUACGUCAUGUGUAAUAACCGCGACGAUAAGUUCCGAGCUCUGUGCAACAUCUACGGCUCCAUCACCAUCGCACAGGCCAUGAUCUUCUGCCAUACCCGCAAGACUGCGUCCUGGUUGGCCGGUGAGCUGUACAAAGAAGGCCACCAGGUGGCCAUGCUGAGCGGAGAGAUGAUGGUGGAGCAGAGGGCAGCCGUCAUUGAUCGAUUCCGAGAGGGUAAAGAGAAAGUGUUGGUUACAACCAAUGUGUGCGCCAGAGGUAUCGACGUGGAACAAGUGUCUGUUGUGAUUAACUUUGACCUUCCCGUGGACAAGGACGGGAACCCGGAUAACGAGACCUACCUUCAUAGAAUCGGUCGCACGGGGCGCUUCGGCAAGCGAGGGCUGGCCAUUAAUAUGGUUGACAGUAAACACAACAUGGAGAUUCUCCAACGGAUCCAGCAGCACUUCAGUAAAAAGAUCGAACACCUCGACGCUGAUGACAUUGAUGAAAUUGAAAAAAUCAGUAAGUGAAAUGUAUUGGCGUCUCCUUCGUCUAAGCUGCAUCUCUGGUGUCAUCUUUCCAGAGGACUCUGGUUCUGUUCAGCCCAACGCCAGCAACACGCAUGAAUCUACUCGUUUUCUAUAAGCCUCCCCAGCGAGGGGGACUGGGUGUGACUUUUUUUUUUUUCUCUCUUUUUAAGGGAAAUCUUUUUAAUCUACAAACUGCUGCCUCUCCAAAAAUAAUUGGCUAAGCCAGAGUGUAGAGCGGCAGCUUUGCACACAUAUACCUGCCGCCAGGAAACAAACUACUCGCCCAAUGAUUGUGCUGCAAUUCACUGACUCCAUAUAAAACCUGCACCACAUCACUAAACUGGAUAAGACAUAGGACACAAUCACGCUAGGAAUGGAACCUGGAUUGUCAUGUUGUCCCAGAUCUGUCCAAUCAGAUACUUGUUCAGCCCAGUGCCUGAAGGCAGACUGCACAUCAUGACUGCAUUAAAUGGGUUUUUUGGGGGGGGGGGGGGCUGGGGAUAGACUAAACCUUUUAUCGGUGCUUCUCUUGUAGGAUUGAAAUGUAAUAAUGCAAAAUGUGUUGCAAAUGGUGCUGAUGGAGGGCACCCAGGCCAGUGAGUGAAUGAAGGGGAGACCUGGUGAGGUGCAAUCCUGUGCUGUUUUAUUGCAUCGCCCACCUACAUGGCAAGACUUCUUGCUGACUCUGCAUUUUAACGCUUUGUUUUCAAUACGUUGCUUUGAGACCGAAGCACCGGCCCUUUACAGAGUUUAAAAAUAGUUUUGCAGAUUUUAGGAAAUGCGGACUCUUUAUUUAAUUACUUUAAAACAGCCAGGAAAUAUGCACGGGAGGUGAGGCUCCUUUUUAGGGUGUCCCAAACCUGCGGGAUUCGGCUGCUCCUGUGCUGUAUCUGCUUGUGUUUCAAUAAAGAAUCUGCCCCAUG